AUGCAUCAAGUUGCUGGCAUUGGCCAUCUGCUAGCUCUUGGUGAUACAGAUGCACGUCGACAAGCACUUAGUAGUCUGCAAAAUGAUACAUUAAUCACAUCAACGAAAGUAACUAAUAUGGUUCAAGAGAGACAAUUGGCUUAUAAACUUCGUUUAAACGAUCGACAGGCUCAACUCCAAGCCUAUCUGAUUAAUGCCACGAUGGAAGCACUUCAAUCAAAUGUAGGCUAG